GGCCCAUUUUACAGAUGAAGGAGUCGAGGCUUGAGAGAGGAAUCUCAUCAGAUCAGAUUGAGCAGCUCCACCGGAGGUUUAAGCAGCUGAGUGGAGACCAGCCCACCAUUCGCAAGGAGAACUUCAACAAUGUCCCUGACCUGGAGCUCAACCCGAUCCGAUCUAAAAUUGUCCGUGCCUUCUUCGACAACAGGAACCUGCGCAAGGCACCCAGUGGCCUGGCCGACGAGAUCAACUUCGAGGACUUCCUGACCAUCAUGUCCUACUUCCGGCCCAUUGACACCACCAUGGGCGAAGAGCAGGUGGAGCAGUCCCGGAAGGAGAAGCUGAGAUUUCUGUUCCACAUGUACGACUCGGACAGCGAUGGCCGCAUCACCCUGGAAGAAUAUCGAAAUGUGGUCGAAGAGCUGCUUUCGGGAAACCCCCACGCCGAGAAGGAGUCCGCGCGCUCCAUCGCCGACGGGGCCAUGAUGGAGGCCGCCAGCGUGUGCGUGGGGCCGAUGGAGCCUGACCAGGUAUAUGAGGGGAUCACCUUCGAGGACUUCCUGAAGAUCUGGCAGGGCAUCGACAUUGAGACCAAGAUGCACGUCCGCUUCCUCAACAUGGAGACCAUCGCCCUGUGCCACUGACCUGCCCCUAGAAGCCGCUCCUUGAGGCAGGGCGGCCUCCCCAGGGCUGCGGCUCCUGUAAAUAGUCACCACGUAGCCAUCUGUCUUGCACCUCGCGGGGUAUGGUACGUGGGACUUUGCUGUUUUUACCUGUAGUAAUAAAAGGCGGUUUGUUAAUGAA